AGACAAAGGUGCUGAGUAUAUUUAUUUACUCAAUCACUCUUAACUGAACUCAAUCCACCACACCACCGUUCAGUUGAGUGGCGAUGAAUUAUUAUUCUCUUCACCGUCACUGUACUUACACCAUCAUCCAUCCUCCCAGUCCCAGAAGGAAUUCGAAUCCGAAUCGGAAUCGGAACCAUAAUCAGCCAAGAGGAGGAUUCAUUCUUCUUCCAUCAUUAUCUUCAUCAUCAUCAUCAUCAUCAUCAUCAUCCAUCCAUCACCGUCUCGUGUCUGUUGCUGCCUCCUCUUCCACCCAAACCCAACCUAGGAACAAUACCAACAACAAAAAAGAAGAAGACAUUAAUGUUCAUCUACAUCUUCGAUUAGAUCACCAAGUUCAAUUCGGUGACCAUGUUGUGCUUCUUGGAUCAACCAAACAGUUGGGCUCCUGGACCACCCAUGUUCCCUUGAAUUGGACACCAAAUGGUUGGGUAUGCGACUUCCAUUUCAACGCCGGCGAUCACCUUGAAUUCAAAUUCAUCAUUGUCCACCAGGAUGGCACUUUACACUGGGAAUCUGGGGACAACAGAGUAUUAAACUUGCCCAAUGCUGGUCAUUUUCAGACCAUUGCCAAAUGGAACAAAACACACCAGACUAUGGAGUUACUUCCUUUGAAUUUCAAUGAACAACAACAACAUCAAAGCCACGACCAUGACCAGAAUAAUAAUAAUAAUGAUGAUGAUGAGAAGGAGGCUGCUGCUAGUGCUCCUCUCUCAGAUGCAGCAGGGCCGAGUCCUUUUGUAGGAGAGUGGCAAGGCAAAUCUGUUUCUUUCAUGCGAUCCAACGACCAUCAGACCCAUGAAACACAAAGGACUUGGGAUACCUCAGGUAUUCAAGGUUUGCCUCUCAAGUUUGUUCAAGGGGAUCAAAGCGCAAGGAAUUGGUGGAGAAAGCUUGAUCUUGUACGUGAUAUAGUCGGAAGUGUUCAUGGGGAAGAUCAAUUGGAGGCUCUCAUAUACUCUUCUAUCUAUCUGAAGUGGAUAAACACAGGGCAAAUACCAUGUUUUGAAGAUGGAGGUCACCACCGUCCCAAUAGGCAUGCUGAAAUUUCAAGGCUUAUAUUUCGUGAGUUAGAGCAACAUACAAGUCGAAAGGAUAUAUCUCCACAGGAAGUUCUAGUUAUUCGAAAGAUUCAUCCAUGUUUGCCUUCAUUCAAGGCAGAAUUCACUGCAUCUGUUCCUCUAACUCGAAUCAGAGAUAUUGCUCACCGAAAUGACAUCCCACAUGACCUCAAGACACAAAUUAAACAUACAAUACAAAACAAGCUUCACCGCAACGCUGGUCCUGAAGACUUGGUUGCUACAGAAGCCAUGCUUGCUAAAAUCACAAAGAACCCUGGAGAAUAUAGUGAAACAUUUGUGGAGCAGUUCAAGAUAUUUCAUCGAGAACUCAAAGACUUCUUUAAUGCUGGCAGUCUUGCUGAACAGCUAGAAUCAAUAUAUGAAUCUAUGGAUGAAUAUGGCAUGUCAGCACUUAAUUCGUUUUUCGAGUGCAAAAAGAAUAUGGAUGGUGCAGUAGAAUCAACAGCUUCAAAAGAACAAGGAAUUAAACUUUUAUUUAAAACCAUGGAGUCUUUGAAUGCUUUGAGAGAUAUUAUUGUAAAGGGUCUUGAAAGUGGCCUCAGGAAUGAUGCUCCAGAUUCUGCAAUAGCUAUGCGCCAAAAGUGGCGCCUCUGUGAGAUUGGGCUUGAGGACUACUCAUUUGUUCUUUUGAGCAGAUUUCUCAACGUGCUUGAAGUUAUGGGAGGUGCUAGCUGGCUAGCUGCAAAUUUGGAGUCAAAGAAUGUAAACUCUUGGAAUGAUCCACUUGGAGCCCUUAUUAUUGGAGUCCACCAGAUGAAAUUAUCUAACUGGAAACCAGAAGAAUGUGGUGCUAUUGAAAAUGAACUUAUUGCAUGGAGUGCAAGAGGCAUUUCAGAAAGCGAAGGAAAUGAAGAUGGCAAGAAGAUUUGGACAUUGAGGCUGAAAGCUACUCUUGAUAGAUCAAAGAGGCUUACUGAGGAAUAUACUGAAGAACUUCUUCAGAUAUUUCCUCAAAAAGUGGAGAUACUAGGAAAAGCUCUAGGAAUCCCUGAAAACAGUGUCAAAACAUAUACAGAAGCGGAGAUUCGUGCUGGUGUAAUUUUUCAGGUUUCAAAACUAUGUACUCUUCUUCUAAAAGCUGUGAGAAGUACGCUUGGUUCUCAAGGUUGGGAUGUCAUAGUUCCAGGAGCUGUUUUAGGAACAUUGGUUCAGGUUGAAAGAAUUGUUCCUGGGUUGUUACCAUCUCCAGUGGAAGGUCCUAUUAUCCUCAUUGUUAACAAAGCUGACGGUGAUGAAGAGGUAACAGCUGCUGGGAGGAACAUAGUGGGAGCUAUACUUAAGCAAGAGUUGCCUCACUUAUCUCAUCUAGGUGUUAGGGCCCGACAGGAAAAGGUCGUCUUUGUCACUUGUGAAGAUGAUGAAAAAAUUGCUGAUAUUCAAAGGCUUAUUGGGUCAUGUGUAAGGUUGGAAGCAUCCGCCGCUGGUGUUAAUCUGACGUUGGCCUCUUCAGUUGACCUUGAUGGCAAUUCUUCUGUUGAAAGUGCUUUUGAUGAUAAUAUCUCUGGGGUUGAUGUUCCUGCUUUCUCUGCUGGUAGAAUCUCCAAAUAUAGUCAGGGUGCUUCUUCUACUGAAGUUAUCUUGCUUCCUGAUGCUGAGACACAGAAUUCCGGUGCAAAGGCGGCUGCAUGUGGUCACUUGUCAUCAUUGUCAUCAGUUUCUGGUAAAGUUUACAGCGAUCAGGGGGUGCCUGCUUCCUUUCAGGUUCCUUCUGGGGCAGUUUUACCAUUUGGAUCCAUGGAAUUGGAGCUAGAGAAGAGCAACUCCGCUGAAAUAUUCAAGUCUUUACUGGACAAGAUAGAAACAGCAAAACUGGAGGGUGGUGAACUUGAUGGUUUAUGCCACCAACUCCAGGAAUUGAUUUCUUCCCUGAAGCUAUCAAAAGACAUCAUUGAAAACAUUGGAAGAAUGUUUCCAAGCAAUGCACGAUUGAUUGUUCGAUCCAGCGCCAAUGUGGAGGACUUGGCUGGAAUGUCAGCAGCUGGACUUUACGAAUCAAUACCCAAUGUGAGUCCUUCCAAUCCAACAGUCUUUGCAGAUGCCAUUGGCCAAGUAUGGGCUUCACUGUACACGCGAAGGGCAGUGUUGAGCCGCCGAGCUGCUGGUGUGCCUCAGAAGGAAGCUUCAAUGGCAAUUCUGAUCCAAGAAAUGCUUUCACCAGAUCUAUCAUUUGUACUGCAUACUAUGAGCCCAACUGACCAGGAUAACAAUUCUGUGGAGGCUGAGAUUGCUUCUGGCCUUGGUGAAACUCUAGCUUCAGGAACCCGGGGUACACCAUGGCGUAUAUCAUGUGGGAAAUUUGAUGGGCUUGUGCAAACACUGGCUUUUGCAAACUUCAGCGAGGAGUUGCUUGUACGCGGUGCAGGGCCUGCGGAUGGGGAGGUCAUCCAUUUGACGGUGGAUUACAGCAAGAAACCACUGUCAGUUGACCCAGUUUUUCGUCGACAACUUGGUCAACGCCUUUGUGCAGUUGGGUUUUUCCUCGAGAGAAAGUUCGGAUGCCCACAGGAUGUGGAAGGAUGUCUUGUUGGAAAAGACAUUUAUAUUGUUCAGACAAGGCCCCAACCCCAGUAGAAAUAUGAAUGGAUAUUGAUGACGGAUGAACUUAGUUGCAGGAAAUUUCUAAGAAUGUAUGUGGUGGAAAAUGGAAAUGGAACGAAAUCAUUUCAAAAAAGCAAGAUGAACACAAUUUUGAAUAUGCCUUUUGUUGUGACUCUUACAGUUGAGAUAAGCUGUCAGUGACGGCAUGUAUACUAUUGUACCUUGCUGUUUAAAAAUAAAUCCUUAAGGAACAAACACAAAAAUGUAAUACAAGUGUUAGAGAUAUAACAAAUGUUAGUUGCUCAUGCAGUGCAACAAAGGGAAGGCAGUUAUUGUUGGUGUUUGAAAAGACUUUAAACAUUUGACACAAAUAUUGCUCAUCUUCCACUAUAAUAUUGAGAACAUUAAUUUUUCAA